AUGGGAGAGCGUGAUUCUUCCCGGGAGAUCAGGGGGUGCUUCGUGGAAGAGGAAUCUGGCUUCAGCAUCCCGGUUCCUUCUCACCCCUCACCCACCUGGGAAGAGGGCGCAAGCUCCUCUGCCUCCGUCCGCAAACCUGUCAGCUAUUUCUCUGCGUACGACCUGGGCAAAGCUGGCAUCCACUCCAGGAUGCCUCCUGACAGCACCCACCCAUCCACCAUCCCACCCCCCAGGCAGAGCCAUGAGCUCCAGGAAGGAGUGAGAGAGAGAGAGAACCACACUGCUGAUGACUCCGAGGGAGGGGCCCUGGACAUGUGCUGCAGCGAGAGGCUGCCGGGAAGCCACGGCAACCCCAGAAAGAGCGCUCCGCCGGGGUCGCCAGGGCUCGGAUCACCGGCCGUGUGUCCGCCUUCCGCAGGUGUCCCCCAGCCGGUAGGGAUGGAGGCGCUGGACCAGGCCGAGGGGCCCACGGCCUUGCAGAGAGAGAUGCCGCUGCCCCCGCCUCCUUCACCGCCCUCAGAGCCGGCUCAGAAGCGACCACCCCGAGGCGCCAGGAGCCACUCCCUCACCGUCAGGAGCAGCCUGUGCCUGUUGGCUGCCUCCCAGUUCCUGCUCGCCUGCGGGAUGCUCUGGCUCAGCGGCUACGGCCCCAUCUGGUCGCAAAAUGCCACAGACCUCAUCUCCUCCGUGCUCACACUCCUGGAGCAGCUGGGACCCUCGGCCUGGCUGGCUGUUGGGACCUGGGACAUCCCUAAUCUGCUGCUGGUCUCUCUCUCCGUGGUCCUCGUCACCACCUUGGUGUGGCACCUCCUGAGGACUCCCCCAGAGCCACCCACCCCGCUGCCCCCCGAGGACAGGCGCCAGUCGGUGAGCCGUCAGCCCUCUUUCACCUACUCUGAGUGGAUGGAGGAGAAGGUCGAGGAUGACUUCCUGGACCUGGACCCUGUCCCUGAGACACCUGUGUUUGACUGCGUGAUGGACAUCAAGCUUGAGGCCGACCCUGCCUCACUGACUGUCAAGGCCAUGGGUCUGCAGGAGAGGAGGGGCUCCAACGUCUCCCUGACCCUGGACAUGUGCACCCCGGGCUGCAAUGAGGAGGGGUUCGGCUAUCUCAUGUCCCCACGUGAGGAGUCAGCCCGCGAGUACCUGCUCAGCGCCUCCCGCGUCCUCCAGGCCGAAGAGCUUCAUGAGAAGGCCCUGGACCCCUUCCUGCUUCAGGCAGAAUUCUUUGAAAUUCCCAUGAACUUUGUGGAUCCGAAAGAGUAUGACAUCCCUGGGCUGGUGCGGAAGAACCGGUACAAAACCAUCCUUCCCAACCCUCACAGCAGAGUGUGUCUGACCUCACCAGACCCUGACGACCCUCUGAGUUCCUACAUCAACGCCAACUACAUCCGGGGUUAUGGUGGGGAAGAGAAGGUGUAUAUCGCCACUCAGGGACCCAUCGUCAGCACAGUUGGCGACUUCUGGCGCAUGGUGUGGCAGGAGCACACGCCCAUCAUUGUCAUGAUCACCAACAUCGAGGAGAUGAACGAGAAGUGCACCGAGUAUUGGCCGGAGGAGCAGGUGGUGUACGACGGCGUGGAGAUCACUGUGCAGAAAGUCAUCCACACUGAGGAUUACCGGCUCCGACUCAUUGCUCUCAGGAGUGGGACAGAAGAGCGAGGCCUGAAGCAUUACUGGUUCACAUCCUGGCCCGACCAGAAGACCCCAGACCGGGCCCCCCCACUCCUGCACCUGGUGCAGGAGGUGGAGGAGGCAGCCCAGCAGGAGGGGCCCCGCUGCGCCCCCAUUGUCGUCCACUGCAGUGCAGGGAUUGGGAGGACGGGCUGCUUCAUCGCCACUAGCAUCUGCUGCCAGCAGCUGCGACACGAGGGCGUGGUGGACAUCCUGAAGACCACGUGCCAGCUCCGUCAGGACAGGGGCGGCAUGAUCCAGACGUGUGAGCAGUACCAGUUCGUGCACCACGUCAUGAGCCUCUACGAGAAGCAGCUGUCCCGCCCGUCCCCCGAGUGACCACACUACUCCCCGAGGUCCUCUGGGUACCACCCAGCCUGAGUCUGGGCACCACCCAGCCUGAGUCUGGGCCCUCAUCCCGGCCACACCCAGGGCCCUGCCUCGGGUCCAGCCUGCUCCCUGCCCCUCCCACUUCCUCCUCCUCAGUCUGCUCCCCCCAGCCUGGGCCUGGCCCCUGC